GGCAAGGCCUACCUCCCAAUCAAUCACCAUACCCAAUCAGUCUUCAUAUUUUCCUCUGUAAUGACAACAAGAAAUUCCGUCCACCAUCGACCAAAAUUCCUCCAUUUAGAAGCUUUUGUUGCUGAUCAAAGAAUCAGCUCCUGCGACGAAGAUGAUUUUGAUAACUUCGAGAUGAUCAAAUUCGACAUCUGGAACACCAACGACGAUUAUCAUAUCAACACACAAAUCCCCAUCUCGAAAUCAAUGGUUACCUCAAGAAAACAACCAAUAAAACCUCCACGAAGCAACCAAAGAACGCUGCCCAACACUGGAUCAUUGCCAGUCAACGUACCGGACUGGUCAAAGAUCCUCCGUGAUGCUUACAAACAAUCAGACAGCGAUCAUGUUGAUGACGACGAUUGUCGUGGUGGCUGUGAUGAUCACUGGUUGCCACCACAUGAGUAUUUAUCGAGGAUUAGGAGUGCUUCACUUUCAGUACAUGAAGGUGUUGGAAGAACUCUUAAAGGGAGAGAUUUGAGUAGACUUAGAAAUGCCAUUUGGAAGCAAACUGGCUUUGAACAAGAUUAGCAGCACAUCACUGUAGUGACGGAAUCACCGUAUUGUGACGGUUUCAUUCCCUUUUGUAAGGUGAAGUUUUAUUGUAAUAUAAUUAGGGUUUUCAUGUUA